ACCAACAACAGACUUCACCAAUAGUACAUUCAAGUUCUCCUUGCUGCGCCAGAUCCAACAGAAAUUGUUUUUUAGAGUCUUAUUAAGGUGCCGCAGAUAACUUUGCACAAAUUGGCGCAAACUAAAUUUAUCUACACGGUGCAUUCCUUACUUUUGGGCAGUAGGAAAAAACCGCCUUAAAAUGGAUUCCGAAGCCAUUGCACAGGGUACGUUGCUUCACGGUGAGCACGGGGCGAGCUCUUCUUCGAUUCCUCUUCCUCCGACGUCUGGUUCUGUUCAGGAGAAGACGGUGGACGGCAGCGUUGGGCAAAACGACAAAACGACGGUGGAUAGGAAAAAAGGACUUCCCCUCGAAACAAUCAUAACAGACAGUGAGGCUUCUGUUCGUGAUAAGAGUGUAGAAGGGUCUGCAUCGCUUGGAGAGCCUGUCUUGCCUCCAAUGGCUCCGAUCACUGCAGAAACGACAGAGUCUGCGAAUGCGAUGGAGGCUAAAGAGUCAUUGGUGUCACAAGAUGCGUUGGGUGCGUCUGCAGCUUUGAAUAGCGAUUCGCUUUCGAGCUCGCUUCCUAACCCAGUUUUGUCUUCUCCAGGCAAGUUUGAAGAUGCUCGAUCUUUUCAUCAUUCCCACCUGCACAGACACCAUCCGCGUCAACAUCGCUCUUCGCAACACAGUACUGCUUCCGUAAAGUUUGACAAGAGCUCGGAGAAGUCGGGUAGACGUUCUAAGGGUUCUCGCUCUUACUAUUCUUCUCGUCACCAUCACACCCGACGCUCUCAUGCGAGUAAGGGCCAACCUAUUCCAGGCCAGUCUCCCACAAAUGCUGCUGAUACCUCAUCGCAAUUGCGACUACCUGCUUACCAGGGAGCCUCUUCGCCUCGUUCUCACCCAGGUCUUGGUCGACGGUCGUCCAGUUCCUCCACCUCCUCCAUCUCUUCUAUUUCCACGAUGUCUCCGGAAGACUCGUCGUCCAUGUCGCUUUCUUCUUCUUCGUCCUCUUCCUCAUCCUCCGGCUCGUUAUCGGAUCAACUGCAAUUUCAGCUUUCUCGAGUGGAACAAAGCAGAAUGCGACAGGGAUCGCUUGUUUCUAACCGUUAUCAAGACGGUAAUGAGCACGACUACGAUGAGAAGUCUUGUCUCACUGUUCCGGAAGCCACGCAGGAAGGAAGAAGAGAUUCUAUUGUUCGCGGAUCGUAUGCGUCUGCUUCGGAGAAGCCAUUGAAGUCUCCUCGUCCUAAGAACGCCACGGUCAGCACGACCCAAGCUCCGUCCGCGCCCGGUGAUGAUGGAAACAAUAGCGACAGUGAGGGUUCAGAAUCGCAUGCCGAAUCACAUGCGGACUCGGAAGAUGACAACGUGGAAGAAGAUGUGUGUUUCCCCAUGCAGGAAGAGGCAGCUAUUGUAAAUGGCAUUGACUUUGACGAAUUGGAUGCAUUUGCGGCCGAAGAGCUUUCGAACCAGGCGGCCGGUAUUGCUGCUAUGCGUUCACGCAAGUACAGUGUCAACAAGCCUUUUGAGCCCCAUUGGCGCGAUUUGAGCCCGCAGCGGAACUCUACCACGGUUUCGACGAAUACCGGAGAUGCGGAAAAGCCAAUGCUGAAGCACUUUUCCUCACGCUCAUCUGUUCUCUCCGACACCGAUGAGGAUGUUCACCGGUUCAGUUUGUUUUCUUCCGAGGAGAAUGAGACUAUCCAUGCGGGCACCAUUGGAGAUUUGCUUGAAGACAAUGUUUCCAGCUUCCGUUCCCUUUUAAGCCCAGUAAAAGGAACGUGGUGGUUGGAUUGCCUGAACCCAACAGACGCAGAGAUGAGAAUGUUGUCCAAAGCCUUCUCGCUUCAUCCCUUGACUGCUGAGGAUAUUCGUGUGCAAGAGACGCGUGAAAAGGUUGAGCUUUUUAAGUCGUAUUACUUUGUUUGUUUCCGUUCUUUUGUUCAAAAUCCUGAUAGUGAGGACUAUCUUGAGCCUUUGAAUAUGUACAUCAUCGUUUUCCGUGAAGGUUUGUUGACUUUCCACUUUGACAGUACGAACCACCCAGCAGCCGUUCGAAGACGUGCCCGCCAGCUCCGUGAUUACGUGAAUGUUUCAUCUGACUGGUUGUGUUAUGCUCUUAUUGACGAUAUCACUGAUGGUUUUGCUCCCUUGAUUCACGGUAUUGAAACGGAGACAGAGGCCAUUGAAGACGCCGUACUUAUUGGACGGUUGGAGGAUUCUCGUGAAAUGCUUCGGCGUAUUGGUGAAUGCAGAAAAAAGGCAAUGGGAAUGUUUCGCCUGUUGUAUGGAAAAGCCGAUGUUAUUAAGAUGCUUGCCAAGCGCUGUAACGAGCAGUGGCAUAUUGCUCCAACUGGUGAAAUUGGACUCUAUCUCGGUGAUAUCCAAGAUCACUUGGUCACUAUGACUUCCAACUUGUCGCAAUUUGAGAAGAUUUUAUCCCGCACGCACAGCAAUUACUUAGCGCAACUGACCUCUAACUCUAUUGAUGAGAAUUCGCGAAUGAACAGCGCAUUGGGAAAAAUCACGCUGUUGGGUACAUUGCUUUUGCCUAUGAACGUUAUCACUGGUUUGUUUGGUAUGAACGUUCCCGUUCCCGGAGGCAGCACUACAAACCUUGGCUGGUUCUUUGGCAUCUUAGGCGCUAUUGUUGCACUUGCUGUUUUCGGUUGGUAUGCGGCGUACCGUUUCCGCAUGUUCUAGCUCAAAGAUGACUACGUAAUAUCGAUACCAUUUUUCAAUAACUGUGCUUUCAUUGCCUGUUGUAUGUUGAGUACUGCUGCAACUACGGAGGCAAUGAAGUCGCAGCAUCGAAAAAAACUUCUUUCGAAAAAAAGAAAAGAAGCCGACAAAUUGAAAAGCUAUAACAAACAAACAUUGACAAACCUCGACGGUUGUGUGAAAUGCUUUUUUACUUUGUUUCUGUGAGUUAUCUGUGCUUUCUCUCCUAAUACUACCAGGUACAGGAAACCAAAGUACAUGUACCUUUGCCGAUUAUUAUCACUAUUUGGAUUUGAGUUUCAAUUCGGGGAAAGGAUGAAAAGCUUAUUCAUUCAUACGUUGUAAUACUAGCCUGAUCCAUUAAUUGCUUCCUUGAUCUUGAACAUGAGUACCAUCGCAUGUUGACAAGGCGGAUGUUUGCCGAAUUCUGUGAAUUUGGAGGUGCGUUUUUGAGCCUCUUCUUGCAAUAAUUUCUCUCGGCUUUCGCUUACCAUUCUUGUUAAUUACCUUGUCAUCGUUGGCGCCUCUCUGCUCUACUCGUUUUGAAACUCGUCUUCUAUUUUUCCUUGGCAGCGUCAAUACAUUCUUGGACCUUCUGAGCUUCCUAAGCAUGCUGUUAGAUUGCACUGUCAUUUAUUGUUUCUUCCCAAAGUGAACGGAAGGAUUUGUGACACCCGCUGACACAUUUCCGUCGAUCUCCUUCUCGUUCACCCCCCCCCCCAUCCACAUCACGGAACAAAGAUGAAUUUCCCUCUUUUCAUCACCCUUUUGCUUUUAUUUUUCUUUUUGGUAGGUUUGUUAAUGGGAUUUUUGGUUUUUCUUUUGGUGCCUCUUAUAUUACCUUUUGACUGUUGCGUUUGGCCUUUUCGUACUUUUUCCUCAGCUCUGGCGACAAGCUUUCCUUGACUUGUUCCGGAGUAGGAGUGGUAUACUUAAGCAAUCCGUAGCCGGUACCGAUAAUGACUUGUAAGAAUUGACUGUUAGUAGCAAUUGCAUAGACACACGCAAUGGUGCGGCGCACGUACGUCCGCU